GCUGCACUGGCGGGAUCCUUUUUGGCGGCAGGUCAGUACCAUCACACGCACGCACGGCGCGUGGCCACGCUGUCAUUUGAGCUCUUCUGCGCCGAGGCUCCGUGCGCGCCACCUUUCACACGCACUCGAUUUGGACCCCCAAAAUUGGUCCUUUUAGACGCCUACUGCGCGUGCGCGUGGCCGCAGGUGAAGGUGAAGCAGCGUCCUCGUCCUCCUGUGAGCAGACGUGCUGGAGGAACACAACAUGGACUUUGUCAUGAAGCAAGCUCUGGGCGGGGCCACCAAGGACAUGGGCAAGAUGCUGGGCGGCGAGGAGGAGAAGAAGGACCCGGAUGCUGCCAAGAAGGAGGAGGAGCGGCAGGAGGCGCUGAGGCAGCAGGAGGAGGAGCGGCAGAUCAAGCACGCUCGCAUGGAAGCAGAGAGAGAGAAGGUCCGACAGACCAUCAGGGACAAGUACGGCCUGAAGAAGAAGGAGGAGAAGGAGGCGGAGGAGAAGGCGGCCAUGGAGCAGGCGUGCCCCGGCUCCCUGACGCGGCCCAAGAAGGCCAUCCCGCCCGGCUGCGGGGACGAGGACCAGGAACAGGAGGAGAGCAUCCUGGACACGGUGCUCAAGUUCCUGCCGGGCCCCCUGCAGGACAUGUUCAAGAAGUAAACAACUACCAGGGGGCGGGGCAUCUUCACUUAAGUGGACUUUGAGGGCGGAGUCAGUAUGAAUGUCCAGAGGCUUCACACUGCCUUUUUUUUUUACCGAACCUUUGUUGUUGUCCUAACCACCUGAUAGUCCUCUCUUCUGAUUGGCCGGCCCUCAUCUGUUGCUAGGCGGAAGUUCAGGACGUGGCAGCUGGCUUUAGCGCCGCAGAUGCUAAACAGGAAGUGGAAAGAUGAUGAGUGUGCAUAUUUGUAGUUGCAGUACGUAGACAAUCAAUGCCAACAUGGAGGGGGUGGGGCUUAGCGUCUUGGUUCUUGAGGUCAAAGUGGUCCCCAGCGAGACCAAAGACUACUUGUGUUGUUCAGCAGACAAGAUGGUGGACCUCACCUCGAAGCCAUACUUUUGCAAUCAUUUCUUUGUUUUGUCUUUUUGUCAUAAUGGCGUCUAUUUCCAAUGUUUUUUACAGUUUUGGUUAGCAUCAUGCUAACGUGUCUCAGUGGCAUCCAUCCAGAACGUUUCAACAUUUUUGGUUAGCAUCAUGCUAACGUGUCUCAGUGGCAUCUAUCCAUAACGUUCAACGUUUUUGGUUAGCAUCGUGCUAACGUGUACCAGUGGCAUCCAUCCAUAACAUUUUAACAUUUUUGGUUAGCCUCAUGCUAUUUUGUGGUAAUGCCGUCCGUCCAUAACUUUCGGACAUUUUUUGUUAGCGUUUUGCUAACAUGUCUCAGUGGUGUCCGUCCAUAACGUUGCAACGUUUUUGGUUAGCAUCAUGCUGACGUGUUUAAGUGCCGUCCGUCAAUAACGCUUGAACAUUUUUGGUGAGCAUCAGGCUAACAUGUCUCAGUGGUGUCUGUCCAUAAGGUUUGGACAUUUUUGGUUAGCAUCAAGCUAACAUGUUUCAGUGGUGUCCAUCCAUAACGUUUGGACAUUUUUGGCUAGCAUCUCGCUAAUGUGUUUAAGUGCAAUCGUCAAUAACAUUUAAACAUAUUUGGUUAGCAUCAUGCUGAAAUGUCUCAGUGGCGUCCGUCCAUAACGAUUGGACAUUUUUGGUUAGCAUCAUGCUAACAUGUCUUAGUGGUGUCUGUCCAUAACGUUUGGACAUUUUUGGUUAGCAUCACGCUAACAUGUCUCAAUGGCGUCCGUCCAUAACACAUACUGUAAACGAUUAGCUCCUCAUGCUAAUCGCCAGACUAGCAUCGUGAAAAUCCACUUUUAUUCUUCAGAAAACAAUCCAUUGUGUUCGUCUCUUGCUGUGUCUCACGUGGAACACUUCCUUCAGUACACUUCAACAAGUACACUUAGUCUGCACACUGUGUACUUGCCUCUCAAGAGUGUCAAGUAGUGCUGUUCUAAAAUGUCAAACAUUCCUUGCAACCACUGGAGUUAGCCCCGCCCCUUUAUCGGUGGCUACUAUUUUGAGUGCACUCACUUCUGCACUAAACACUAGAAAAGUGACCCAGCGGAGACUCCGCACUUGUUUGCUGUGCUAAGGUCACAUGUUUGUCUUUGUGGCUACUGUGUGUGUGUGUGUGUGUGUGUGUGUGUGUGUGUGUGUGUGUGUGUGUGUGUGUGUGUGUGUUUGUGUGUGUGUGUGUGUGUGUGUGUGUGUGUGUGUGUGUGUGUGUGUGUGUGUGUGUGUGUGUGUGUGUGUGUGUGUGUGUGUGUGUGUGUGUGUGUGUGAGUGAGACGCU